GGAGGUUAUUCCCUUUUGUGCUGCCAUUCGCAUCGUUUGGAACGCUUUUGAAUUUUGUGCAACACGAUAAACACGUAAAUUUUGGAAAUUUCCUAAUUUCGGAAAUAAAUUACACGGAAUUAAUGUCUUAUUUCAAACGAAAGUUGUGUAAAAUUGAGCGAAAACUAUUCUAAAUACUGCAACAGAACGAUUUCAAGAACAAUAAUGCCGGUGUCACUGGAUCGAAUGUGUCGCACAUGCAUCUUCGAUGGAACACUCGAAUAUAUGCCACUCAUCGAACGGGAGUUGGUGCCGUUGGCAACAACAACUAUAGAAGAACUCAAUAUUAGCAUAAUGGACUUGCUGAAAGCGUCCAUACCACAACUAAAAUUGGAUCCCAAUGCCAAACUUCCGAAAAACAUUUGUCUCGACUGCGUGGGCCGAGCAAAGGAAUUUUAUGUUUUUCAGCAAAGAUGCUUGGAAGUGGAAAAUCAGUUUGAUGACAUUUUGGAAACAAUGAUAAUGGCAAAAUCUGAAGAUGACAAUGAUAAUGGAAACUCAUUCUAUUAUGUUUAUGAGACCGAACUCGAUGAAGGAGAAAAUCUGGAGAAUGCAGAAGCAAUAGGUAUAGAAGAGGUGGCAGAUGUUGUAGAAGAAUUGCAAGAAUUACCGGUGGAAAAAUGCAAAGAGGAGGUGGAAGAAAUAGAAGAAGUAGUAGAGGAGGUGGGCGAAGAGAUAGGAGAAGAAGUUGUUGUGGAGGAAGUUGAAGGAGGUGAUAGUCCAAUGUGGACUAUAUUUGAUCCGGACGAAGAACGUAAUGAGGAUGAUUUUGUGGUCACUACGAUUACGAAGGAAGAGACCAGCGAAUCAAGCGAGGAACUAAGUGAUCAUGAGGACGAAGUUUACUUCCAGUGCACCGCUUGUGACAAGAAAUGUAAAACCGAAGGUUCCCUAAAGAAGCAUAUGCGAAUUCACAAAGAAAAGAGGGAAGGCAACAAGUGUGUCUGCCAAGUUUGCAAUAGAACAUUUUUACAUCCAUACCUUUUGAGGCGUCAUAUGCGCCAUCAUAAUGGUGAGAAACCAUACCUGUGUCAGGUAUGUGGCAAAGCCUUUAAAACCACCAGCAAUUUAAAUCAACACACUGUACGACAUCAAACCGAAAAACUCUUUGCCUGUUCAGAGUGCCCGAAAAAGUUCAUUGCUCGCAAUGACUUGGUUUCCCACUAUGAAAAGCACAAACCCAAACCGAAAAUUUUUGUUUGUGAUGUUUGUGGACAUGGCUUUGCCAAAGAAUAUCGCUUAAAGAAACACAAAAUAUUCCACACGAAUGAAAGGCGUUAUGCCUGUGAGUUUUGUGAUAAACGAUUCUUUACCAAUGAGAAGCGAAAUCGCCAUACGCGCAUACAUACCGGCGAAAAACCAUAUAAAUGUACUUUUUGCGAGAAGGCCUAUCGCCAAUCGAAUGAGCUGACUAAACAUUUGCGCAUGCAUUUGGGUGAGAAUAUUUACCAAUGCCAAUUAUGUCCACAAAGAUACCCAACAGUACGGUUGCUGCAAGAUCAUUUUGGCACACACAAAGAUGACGAUGAAGAGACAAGGGCCAGAAAUUUAGCUGCUUUUAAUGCCACAGAAAUUAAAGGUAUAUUCUUUAAGAAAAUAGAAAUAGAAAUCAUUGGUCAUUUUAACAAAAAAACGGUGGUCAUUAUGCCUGUUAAAAUAGAAGAUGUGUGCCGUACGUGCAUGUAUGAUGGAUCAGGCUCCCUGAAAGCAGAAGAGAUGGCUACUGGAAAGCAGGACAAGCAAAUGCUACCACUUAACACAAUUGUAAACAGUAACGAAGAACAAACCCAUCCACCAACUCUAUUGGAACUCUUAAAAAUCUCCAUUCCACAGCUGAAAUUACAACAAAAUGACAGGCUUCCGAAGAAUAUAUGCAUAGAAUGCGCAAACAAUAUAAAGGAGUUCAAUUAUUUCCGAGAAAAAUGUUUAAGCGUAGAACGGCAUCUUUAUGAACUCUUACAAACAUCAGAUACUGCUGCUGCUGCUGCAAGUAAAAAGCCAGACGAUGAGGAAGAACAUCCAUUUUUUGAUAUGUUCGAAAAGGCCUUGGAUGUGGACGACGAAAAAUUAAUGAAAUCUGAAGUGGAGGAAGAUGUUUUCAUAGAUCAAAACUCAUUUCAGUCCGAUCAGUUUGUCGAUGAUGAAAUGGCACAAGACAAUGAAGAGGAAUUUAUAAAAAGCGUAAAAAGUUCAAGCGAUUUUAGUAUAGAUUUUGAAUUGGACACCGACAGUGAUAGCAACUUUGGUGAAAAGAAGAAAUCCACAAAAAAGGAGAAAUCUACAAAAUCGAAUAAAAAGUCCAGUGAAUCGAAAAAUAAAAAUAGUACCCAAGAGUCAUUUCCCUGUACGCAAUGUAAAAAGCAGCUAAAAACUGAAGCAUCCUUAAAGAAACAUUUACAACUGCAUGAACGUAAAGCAGGAGAAGAUCGUGAACGAAAAUAUGUGUGCAAUGUUUGUGAUAGAGGAUUUCCUCAUGCGUAUAUGUUACGAGAUCACUUACGAUCACAUAGCGGUGAAAAGCCAUUCCUCUGCUCCGAAUGCGGCAAAGGAUUCACCACAUCGAGCAGUUUGAAGCAACAUACAUUCCGUCACAAAAAAGAAAGACAAUUCACAUGUCCCGAUUGCCCGAAAGCAUUUACCACACGAACUGAUUUAUCGUCACAUUCCGUGGUACAUCGGGAAAAGUCGCGUACUCAUGUUUGUGAUUUGUGCGGCAGAGGAUUUACGCGGGCGUUUGUUUUGAAGCAGCAUAAAAUGUAUCAUCGUAACGAACGAGCAUUCUCUUGUGAGUUCUGUGAAAAACGAUUCAAUACAAAUGAGAAACUUCAGCGGCACACACGCAUACAUACUGGUGAAAAACCGUACAAAUGCAAAUAUUGCGAAAAGGCCUAUUGUCAGUCGAACGAGUUAACGAAACAUUUGCGAUUCCAUUUGGGUGAAAAUGUCUAUCAGUGCGCAUUGUGUCCACAACGAUUUGCAACGGUUAAAUUAGUAAAAGAACACUUUAUAUUGCAUAAAAACGAUGAUGAGGAAACAAGAGCUCGAAAUGUAGCUGAACUGAAUGCACUAGAAAUAAAAGGAAUAUUUUGUAGAUAAAUUAUAAA